AUGCUGGACAAUCAUGAAGAUGAUGAAGAAAGACCACAGAAGAAAAAGAGGAAAUUGAGCAGCAACCAGGAGACGAUCAACACCAAUCAAGAGCUCACUGUUGUUCCACAAACCAAUGUAAUAGUGAACAGAGAAAACCCAAAGGGCUCUAGCCCAGAAGACACUCCACUGGAGAACCUGCUCAGCAACACGGUGACCCGGAAGCGGCAGAACACGAUCCUGGUAAAGGUUCCCGGCCCUGAUGAGAGUCAGGAGGAGCAGGACAGUGGCUCAGAGGCCAGUGACUCUGUUUCUAAUGGUGGUCAGUCAAGCAGUGCACAAAAUGGCCAAAAUGUCACACUCAUCACUUUGAACUCAGAAGAUGAUUUUCCCAGUGGCACCUGGUUGGGAGAUGAGAACAACCCAGAGAUGCGUGUCCGCUGUCCGGUGUCUGCCGCCGACAUGCUUCAUAUCAGCACAAACUGCCGCACAGCAGAAAAAAUGGCGCUUACCCUGUUGGAUUACCUGUUCCACCGCGAGGUCCAGGCCAUGUCAAAUCUCUCUGGGCAAGGCAAACAUGGAAAGAAGCAGCUAGACCCACUCAUGAUCUAUGGGAUUCGUUGCCACCUGUUCCACAAAUUCGGCAUCACUGAGUCCGACUGGUACCGGAUCAAACAAAGCAUCGAUUCAAAGUGUCGCACCGCAUGGAGGCGCAAGCAGCGUGGUCAGAGUCUGGCGGUCAAGAGCUUCUCCAAACGCACACCACGUAAUUCAAACGCAGAGGAAGGCAUCACCGAGGAGACGGCCCACAUUGAGACUGCCACCCAGCAGACCUUGCACUACACGCUGGCCAAUCAGCAGGUGCAAUUCCACCGUAUCAGUGAAGAUGGCCAAGUUCAGGUGAUUCCACAGGGGCAGCUGCACAUCGCCCAGGUGCCACAAGGGGAGGAGGUGCAGAUCACACAGGACAAAGCCUGA